AUGGCAGAAAAACCCUCUGCCUCCGUUUCUAACUCGCUAACAUGGCCCGUUCAUGUCGAAGUCCGUCUUUCACCAACCGCUUUCACCCGCUUCGAGACUGUUAGAAAUUCAGUGCACGAAUAUAUCACCUCGUCUUUCGAAGCCAUUGCACUCCCGUCUACGCUGGAUGGCUGGCAAGACAUGCCAGUCCUCUCAUCCUGCGUGGAGCGAAUUGUCGCGUGCGAAUCGCCCUGCCCAACGUCAUCCAUACCCGUUGAACGAGCAGCACUGCAGAUCCAUGUCUAUCAACCAACGGAGGCUGAUGCGUCUGAGGAGUUUUCAAGCUCGGGGGGUGGCGAGGGCGAGGAAGUCAUGGCGGCAAGCGUGUGUGAGCUGCCGAGUAGGAUGUGGGAUGGCCUCUGGGAAAGCCUCAUCUUCGAGGAUGACACGAAACUAAACCUGUUGGAUUACAUAUAUGCGACUGUCCUCUUCAGCGAUGCAAACGUCGAUUUCAAUAUCGUCUCAUGGAAUCGUGUCGUGCUCCUCCACGGCCCUCCAGGAACAGGCAAGACAUCUUUGUGCCGCGCACUCGCGCAGAAGCUUUCCAUUCGAUUGUCGCAGCGAUACUCUCAUGCACGCCUUCUCGAGAUCAAUUCCCAUUCGCUGUUUUCCCGGUGGUUCUCUGAGUCUGGAAAGCUCGUCCAACGUCUGUUCAGCAGUGUGAUGGACCUCGUGGAUGACGAGGACACUUUCGUGGUCGUACUUAUUGACGAGGUCGAGUCCUUGACAGCUGCGCGCGCCGGCGCUAUGGCAGGCACAGAGCCAUCUGACGCUCUUCGAGUGGUAAAUGCGCUGCUAACACAGCUGGACAAACUCCGUCACAAGAAGAAUGUCCUCGUGGUAUCUACAAGCAACCUCCCCAAAGCCAUAGACUCAGCCUUUGUGGAUCGCGCAGACAUCGUCCAAUAUGUCGACCUUCCUGCACGCGAAGCGAUCUAUGCAAUUUUGCGCACAUGCCUCCUUGAGCUCAUCGUCAAAGGCAUUGUCACCCCGGUUGACAUCCCAGAAGUUAAGGAAGCUAAACUAUAUGCUCGCACUGUCCCGACCUCCCAAUGGACAUCCGGCGGAGCGACGAUACCCGCGGCACCCUCAGAACAAACGCCACGGGAGCGGGCGAAGCAUGUAGCGUUGUGCCUGUUUUCACUCGCGCAAAAAUGCAGAGAUCAAGGAAUGUCUGGACGCUCUUUGCGUCGUCUUCCUGUACUCGCGCAGGCGCGCUAUAUUGGACUCGGAUUCGUCCCAGCACCUACGUCCGUAUUAUCCACAAUCAAACCCUCCACAAACGGCACGGCGAGCAAAAAUGGUCCUGUUACUGGAAACCACAAUUUGGGCACGUCCGUCGAGGUAUGGCUCAACGCGAUGGAAAGAGUGAUUGAUAGCAGCAGUGUCGAGCGAAAGAGGCUCGAGAAUUGA